AUGGCAUCCGACGCGGGACUUCCCCGUGCCACCUUUGCCAAGCUCUCCCCGCAUCCCUACCUGCUCGCCAACCUCGAGCCUUCCAACGACGAUGUGCCUCCCGCCCGGAGUAACGGCCGCGCCCCUCAAGAAGUUCGGACGCCGACCAUAAACCUCUCAAGCUUGUCGCAUGCACACGGAAGUGCAGUUGUGCGCAUGGGCGACACCACGGUCAUCUGCGGCGUCCGCGGCGAGACGAUCCUCACAUCCAACAUCCCCAAUCACAGAGCAUCGAAUACCGAGACGGAGCUCAAGGACUAUGACCUGCUGGUGCCGAACAUCGAGCUUGCCACCGGAUCUGCACCGCAAUUCCUCCCCGGCGGCCCUCCGACAACGCUGGCGCAAACCCUGAGCACGAGGAUAUACUCUUUGCUCCACAGCUCCAAGCUCAUUGACGCGGACGACCUGCGGAUAUGGCAUACCAAACCCUCUGAGCAGAUGGUCGCGGACGAGGAUGCCAUGGACCAAGACGGAGCCGAGGAAGGCGAUGCGGGCAACGCCGACAAGUACGUCGUUGCGUACUGGGUGCUCUACAUCGACAUUUUCUUCAUCUCGUUGGACGGAAACCCGUUCGACGCGGCCUGGGCUGCCACGGUCGCCGCCUUGCGCGACACCAAGAUCCCACAAGCGCGCUUCGACAGCGACAGAGAGCUAGUCAUAUGCUCGAAGAAGGACCCCAAGGCCCUGACGAUCAAUGGCAUGCCCGUAGCCUGCACAGCGGCCGUCUUCACGGGCAAGGAAACAGAUCGGCCGACAGAUGGGAAGUACUGGCUGCUGGUAGACCCGGACCUGCUGGAGGAGACUUUGUGCGACGAGAGUGUCACAAUGGUGGUUGACUGCAGUGGCGGAGCUACGAAGAUCCUGUCCAUCUCCAAACACGGCGGCGUCAUCCUGAGCCCCAAGCAUCUCCGGUCAAAACAGCUCUUCGACUGGGCCGCGAGGCGGUGGAAAGACGUCGCGGCCGCUAUAGGUCAAUAG